UUUCCUUGUAAAGUGCGGACAUUACAAGAAAGCAGAAUUCUCUCUCUCUCUCUCUCUCUCUCUCUCUCUCUCUUACAUUUGUUAUAAGCUCCCUCCCCUACACUCCUCUUUCUUUUAGAGAGAGACUGAGAGAGCUUUCAAUCGAUCGCUGGUUUUUUCGCAUCAAUGGCGUGUUCGAGCUUUGUGAAAUUGAACGCUUCCUCUUCACCGUGGAUCGGCCACCAAUCCUUCAAUCAACGGGCUCGACCAUCCCGCCAAGUUGCCCCUCGCCGUGUCGCCGUCAUCCGCGCCGGAGCUUACUCCGACGAACUCGUCAAAACCGCCAAAACUAUUGCGUCUCCUGGUCGCGGAAUCCUUGCCAUUGAUGAAUCAAAUGCUACCUGUGGGAAGAGGUUAUCAUCUGUUGGCCUGGACAACACUGAAGUCAACAGACAGGCUUAUAGACAGCUUUUGCUGACGACUCCUGGCCUGGGUGAAUAUAUUUCUGGUGCAAUUCUUUUUGAGGAGACACUUUACCAGUCGACCACUGAUGGUAAGAAGUUUGUAGAUUGCUUGCGUGAAGAGAACAUCGUACCUGGCAUCAAAGUCGACAAGGGAUUAGUACCCCUACCAGGAUCCAAUAAUGAAUCUUGGUGUCAGGGAUUAGAUGGAUUGGCUUCUAGAUCUGCUGAAUACUAUAAGCAAGGUGCUCGCUUUGCAAAGUGGCGCACAGUUGUCAGCAUUCCCUGCGGCCCUUCCGCUUUGGCUGUGAAAGAAGCUGCAUGGGGACUUGCACGUUAUGCUGGUAUUUCUCAGGACAAUGGCCUUGUGCCUAUAGUGGAACCUGAGAUUCUUCUCGACGGGGAUCACCCUAUUGAGAGGACACUUGAGGUGGCAGAGCGUGUUUGGGCAGAAGUCUUCUACUACUUGGCAGAGAACAAAGUUAUGUUUGAAGGUAUCCUACUUAAGCCUAGCAUGGUUACUCCGGGGGCUGAGCACAAGGAAAGAGCUUCUCCAGAAACUAUUGCCAAAUAUACUCUCACUAUGCUUAACAGGAGAGUACCUCCUGCAGUUCCAGGAGUCAUGUUUUUGUCGGGAGGACAAUCCGAAAUGGAGGCAACUCUAAACUUAAACGCAAUGAACCAAAGUCCCAACCCUUGGCACGUCUCUUUCUCGUAUGCACGUGCAUUGCAGAACUCUGUGCUUAAAUCCUGGCAAGGACGUCCUGAGAACAUUGAAGCUGCACAAAAGGCUCUUUUGAGUCGUGGAAAAGCAAAUUCUUUAGCUCAGCUUGGUCGCUACUCUGCUGAUGGUGAGAGUGAUGAUGCUAAAAAGGGCAUGUUUGUCAAGGGCUAUACGUACUAAAGACAAAAGUACGGUUUGUCUCAUCUUUCCCUUUUUUUUUUUUUGGCCGUUUGUUUUUCCCUUGUUAAUUAGCAUAGUGGUUUUACUCCCUUAUUGUGUACUUGUUUUGAAUAAUGGCUUGUGAGAGCACAAUUUCGAAAUGUGACCCAGUAGAAGUUGGGGUUAUUGAAAGAGAACAUCUAUGUACCAUGGUUGAGGGACGUUUAUUAAACCAGUUCUGGGUCUUGGAAGGUA